CGAUUGUAAGCCGAGUUCGUUCGAUUUUUCUCGUUGCUUACAAAUUGGUAACAUUCAGCCUUAAGUACAAAAUUCUAGUUAAAUAGUUUAUGUUUUAGAAAAUCUUGUAACUUUCAAACUAAAUAAAAAUCGUGUAGUAAACAACAGGCAUCAGAGCAAAAAACAUGGAGGUUAUCAACGAGGUUCAGAAUGGUGAAAAUGCAUCGACGAAAUCGGUUGAGGAACGUAGAGCUACGGCAGAAUUAGCGGAACUGCUAACUAGCCAAGUUCCAAAAAAGGAUGAAAAAUUAGUCGCUAAUCUCAAGCAGCAAAUUCCGGAUAUCGACAACAUAUUUAAUAUCCACCGUAAGAUUGGCCAUGGCACCUUCAGUUCGGUGUUUCUUGGUUCGCUCAAGUGUCAUGAGCGGUUGCCGGUGGAGCGUAAAAAAUUGUUCGCCAUCAAACAUGUGGUUCCUACUAGUCAUCCAGGUCGCAUCGAACGGGAACUACGCUGCAUGUUGCAGAUUGGCGGAGCAUUUAAUGUGGUCGGUGUCGAUUUGUGUCUGCGCCGCCAAGAAUCGGUUGCGUUUGUUAUGCCGUACAUUCCGCAUGAUCAGUUUAGUCACUACUAUGACAAGAUGAGUCCUGCUGAGACGCAACUUUAUUUGCGUAAUUUGCUAAUCGCUUUGAAACGAGUGCACGAGUUUCAUGUUAUCCAUCGAGACGUCAAGCCAAGCAACUUUUUGUAUAACCGUAAGCAACAGAAGUUCUUGUUAGUUGAUUUCGGUUUGGCCCAAGACAUUAGCUUCCAUCGAGAGAUGAAUGACAUAAGUGGUCAAGCGGUGACUGAAUAUAAGACUGGAAAAAGGCGUCUCUCAAAUACCGCCGGAGAGGAAACAAACCAACAGGGUAGUGAAAUAAUAGUACAACAACAGCAGAAAAAACAAAAAAUUAACGAUAACUUAGAAAACAGCACACUAUCGAUCGGUGGUGACUUGCCUGGUCAACAACAGGUGCAAUCACCGCCAGUUUUUAAAACACCUCUCAAGCAAUCUAAUCAAAUUAUCUCACCGAAUAAGCUCUCGAAUAUAACCAAGGAUCUCAACAGUUCUACGUUAGUUCGCCAGGUGAAGUCAACGGUGCUGGACAUCAGUUCUAGCAUGAUGGUAGCUCAACGACAUCAACAGUUGAGAAUAAUGACACAUUCUUCUCCGGGUGUACCAUCGGCACCAAGAACAAUAGCGGUAGGGACAAGAAAUCAGCAACAUAACAAUGCUGUUGCCGUCGGAAAUAGCACUAAUGCAAACGCUAUUUGCGAGUGUUACAGCAAAAGCCACGUGUGCAACAUUUGCUUAGUUAAAAAGGAAAUGCAAGCGUCACGUGCUGGAACUCCUGGUUAUCGUCCACCAGAAGUCCUGUUGAAGUAUUCGAAACAAACAACCGUAGUUGACAUCUGGGCUGCUGGGGUAAUGUUUAUGAGCAUCCUUUCGCGCUGCUAUCCGUUCUUCAAGAACUCGGAUGAUUUACAUUCACUGGCCGAAAUUAUAACGGUGUUUGGGGAUCACCGCAUCAGGAAGACUGCAAAUCAACUGGGACGCUAUGUUAAGAUAGGCCAGCGAAAGUUGCCGCUUGAUCUGCGGAAACUUUGUAUGCGUCUCCGUCACCGCUUUCGCCACCAACGCGAAAGACAGCAACAAGAAGCUGCGCAAGGGCUAACUUCAACGUUUGCCAAUAGCUGCAAUUACUGCCAACAACGCCUAGAAGAAUGUCUUUGCGAACAUUCCGAGGCUAACCGAGAUUUCUCCGAGGAUGAAUACUCGGACAACGCAUAUGAUUUGCUUAAAAAGCUGUUAGAAAUCAAUCCUCAUAAUCGCAUUUCCGCAGAGGAAGCUCUGAAGCACCCAUACUUCCAGGAAUUGUACUAGAAAGUAUUUGAUCUAUUCCCCAAAAGUAUUAUACCUGAUACUUACUAGUAAACCCCCAGAAACGAUCUCCUGAGCACAACGCAAUGCUGGUCGGUUAGUACCAAGCAACUGAAGGGUACAUAUUUAAGUUCAUGGUAGUGAAAAUUGCAUAUUUAGGUUUAAUUAGUGCAAACAAAUCGAGUCUCUCGAAGAGAACUUUCCCUCGGACUGACAAGCUUUGCCGAACAAAUUAUAUCUAUUCUAUGGUGUAUGUGUCCAAUGUGUAUUAAUUUAUUUAAAUCGAUUCGAAAUUAUUUAUUUGAAGCUAAAAAGUUUUACGUUGUAGUCUGAAUAUGUACUCUGUGAGAACUGAUCAUACUGUUUAUUUAAGGAAGAAAAAAUAAACUGAAAUAAGAGCGACUGGAAGCUAAUGACAUACGAUGAAUAGCUCUUUACAAGACAGGUUGCUAAGGGAUCUAUACUUAGGCAAUAAAAAAUGAUUAAAGAGGCAAUAAAAGUAU